UGUGCGCAUUUCUUCUUCCUCUCUGGAUCCUGUUUUUGGACCCCUCCUCAGCUCCACAGUGGACGAGAGAACCGUGGGAAUUUUCUCAAACUUGAAGGAAAAAAAAAACUUAUUUGCAGCUGUUGUUGCUCAUCAGGCGUGAAGGAGCAGCAGAGACAUUUCAUUCAGACUAUGACCAGUUCAUUGGAGAGGGCGGUGGCCCAGAAGAAGGAGGCCAUCGAGGCAGUGAUGGAUAUGUUUGGGAAGGGGGCCGAGGUGUUGGCCAGCGCCGUGGGCGAGCUCUUCCCCCUCUGUGAGGCCGCCGCUCCGGUUCUCCGCCUGGCCUUAGACAACGUCCACAGCAAAGAGGUCUUCUACGUCAAAGAGCAGUUCCUGACGGUGAGGAACAAGCUGGACGUGCUUUCCACACAACUGGACGACAUCGACUGCGAGAUCAAGAAGGGCAGACUGGAUUCCCAGUACUUCUCAGUGGAGGAGAACGUCAGGAACCAGUUUCGGAAGUAUAUGGACAUCUUGGAGGCAAAACAGCAGUUCAGGGAGGUGAAGACCAGACUUUUUGUGGAGCACUUUGCCAAAACUGGAGGAGAGAAGAACCUGUUGGUGCUGUAUGAUGCUCUGAUGGGGACAAACAGCUUCGGAGAGUCGGUUAUAGAGUUGGUCGAAAGGUAUGUAGCGAGGAACCGUCGUCUCCUGGAAGAUUUCUGUGUCCGGAUGAAGGAGCUCUUCUGUUUGGGUCUGAUUGCUCUGCUGGGCCACUGUGCCUUAACUCAGGGCCAAGAGGAAGAAGACGACAAGAUCCGAGAGUGGAGCAGCAAAAUUGAAGAAGUAGAGUCCAGGAUGAAGACAACCAUCGAGUCCUGUGUCGCUGCCUUCCCGGAACAAGCAAAGUUAGACGCCAAGCACCUCCUGCAAGAAAAGGAAGAAGAGAACCUGCAAGAUACGACUCAGCAGCUUCUUGAGUUCUUGGUGAAAAAGUAUGAUUGGGUCAGCUGGUCAGUGCGUGUCAUCAACCAUUCAGGAAGCACCUACCGGAACUGGCGAGCAGGGGAGCAUUUUCACCACGUGGCGGGAAAGAACUGGUUCGAGGUGCUGCAGGUGAACAACAUCAACCUGGUGGUGUCGUACAGCACCAAACCCCAGCCGGUGCCUCGGGACUGCAUCCUGCAGGUGAUGGAGGGCCAGGGUAGGAAGGGAAACGCCCCGGCGGUGGUGGAGGUGUUGGAGAAGCAGCUGUGCGGGUUUGUUGUCCACGCCGUCAGCCGCCACAAGGAAUCUGCAGCUGCGUGGAGCUUUCCGGAGGACUGUCACUACUGGGAGAGACACAAGAAUGUGGCAGUGUGUGUGCACUCAGAGUAAAGCUGACACAUGUGUAACGUUUUAGGAUUGUGCAGCAGAAGUGAGGAUUUUCACUACAUGAUUAGGGUGGUUAUUGUUUACAACAUAUUAUCAAAGCUGUAUCAUUAAAAUAUUAAUAUUACUAUUUUCAAAUAUCAUAGUUAUCAUUAAUACCGACACAUUGAGACACCCCUACUUGAUGGGUGUCAGUGUCUGAUACUGACCUUAUUAUGAAAUCGGGUAUCGACCACUCCACAAUAAAAACUGUCACUCCACCUUUAUCAGCUGCAUCCGACUGCAGACUGAAUGUUUUAAUUAUUAUUCCCUUUAGUCACACAAGUGGAAUUAUUGCAGCAGGCAGCCCCAUUGUUUUCUGUUCAGCUCAUUCAUUCAUUCAUUUGGGAUGAGUUUAUGUAACUGCAUACAUAAUAACUCAGAGAUACCAUUUACAGUUAAGAAUGAAUGUAAUUUACUUAAGUAAAAAUACAACAAUGUAAAAAUACUCCAUUAUAAGUAAAAGUCCUUCCUUAAGUAAAAGUACAGAAGUAUUAUCAUUCAAAUUAAAAAUGGACCCUGCGACUCGCAAAUAUGACAUAAUUACAGUGUUACAGUUACAAAGCAUUUCCCUCCUGUGUUAGGAAGUGUAGUCCAGUGGUUCCCAAUGGAAGAGUGUAGUCCCUUUUCAAGAGUCCCAAGAUAAAUCUGAGGGGUCCCAAGUUUAUUGGGACAGGAAUGAGGAAAAUAUAAGAUUUUGCUACAGAAAUUUGUAAUAAUUGUUCUGACUGGAACUGCUUACUGACACAGACGCUGCUUUCCAGCCAAAAAGGUUGUGAACCACUGCUUUAAUCUUAAACAAUACAUUGUAUUUUAUAAGCUUAUUAUGUCGUCUUUUUUAUUAUUUGAAAUCUUAAUAUGAAGAGUUACUAGUGACUAAAUCUGUCAGAUCAAUGGAGGAGAGAAAAAGUAAAACAAUUUCCUCUGAAAUGUAGAAUUAUAAGUAAAAUAAAAUGGAAAUACCCAAGUAAAUGAAACAUUGCACUACAGUACUCGAGUAAAUGUACUUUCCACCACUGUUUAUACAAUAGUUAUCCUCAUGAUCCUCAGAUUCCAUGCAGUGAGGUAAACAUAUCAGCAGGAGAGAGUCAGAUCAGUGCAUCCCUAUCAGAAACAUUUUAUUUCAGAUUAUUUGUUCAAAUAUUUUUUAUCACAAAUGCACUUUUGUAAUAAAAUAUUAGUGUU